CGAGUCCCGGCCAGUGCCUCUGCUUCCGGCUCGAAUUGCUCUCGCUCACGCUUGCCUUCAACAUGUCCGAGACUGCGCCUGCCGCGCCCGCUGCUCCGGCCCCUGCCGAGAAGACUCCCGUGAAGAAGAAGGCCCGCAAGUCUGCAGGUGCGGCCAAGCGCAAAGCGUCUGGGCCCCCGGUGUCCGAGCUCAUUACUAAAGCUGUUGCCGCCUCCAAGGAGCGCAGCGGCGUAUCUUUGGCCGCUCUCAAGAAAGCGCUGGCAGCCGCUGGCUAUGACGUGGAGAAGAACAACAGCCGCAUCAAGCUGGGUCUCAAGAGCCUGGUGAGCAAGGGCACCCUGGUGCAGACCAAGGGCACCGGCGCGUCGGGUUCCUUCAAACUCAACAAGAAGGCGGCCUCUGGGGAAGCCAAGCCUAAGGCUAAAAAGGCAGGCGCGGCCAAGGCCAAGAAGCCAGCAGGAGCGGCGAAGAAGCCCAAGAAGGCGACGGGGUCGGCCACCCCUAAGAAGAGCGCCAAGAAGACCCCAAAGAAGGCGAAGAAGCCAGCUGCAGCUGCUGGAGCCAAAAAAGCGAAAAGCCCGAAAAAGGCGAAAGCAGCCAAGCCAAAAAAGGCGCCCAAGAGCCCAGCGAAGGCCAAAGCAGUGAAACCCAAGGCGGCUAAACCAAAGACCGCCAAGCCCAAGGCAGCCAAGCCAAAGAAGGCGGCAGCCAAGAAAAAGUAGAAAGUUCCUUUGGCCAACUGCUUAGAAGCCCAACACAACCCAAAGGCUCUUUUCAGAGCCACCCACCGCUCUCAGUAAAAGAGCUGUUGCACUAUUGGGGGCGUGGCUCGGGAAAACGCUGCUAAGCAGGGGCGGGUCUCCCGGGAACAAAAGUGGGGGAGAGGAGUGGGAUUGUGUGUGUCUCGGGAACUAUUUUUGACUAAGAGGUCGCGUCGCCCAAGCCGGAGUGCAGUGGCGUCAUUGCGAUUUUGCAUUCUCGAGUGUCGGAGUUGAACCCAUUAGGGCCUCCCGUGUGCUUUGCACUCAGCAGGCCCUGGCCUGCAGAUAGCAUGGGAAAAAAAAUGGUGGGAUUUUCCCGGGCUUCUAAGCUGGGUUUUUCCGAGUUCCAAACACGGCACAGUAUCAAUUUCUGUGCUGGUUACAAGCCUACUGGUUAUCCCUAACGAGUAUGGCAGGCAGUGAGGGAGUUCAGAGGAGUACGUCUUAGGACAAGUGGCAUAGUACUGACAUUGAUUUUCUAAGGGCUAUAUUUCAAGUGCUUGGGGAGACCACUGCCACAUAACUGAAAAUUAGAAACCGACACUGCAGAAAAAUACUUGGUCCUUAAAUGUGGCAUUUGGAUGGAUUAAGAGGACUUGCCGAAACGUAAAACUGCCAGACUUGGGGAUGUCCCAAUUAGCACGGCUUCUGUAUGCACCGAGUCCCAUAAUUUGUUAAAGGAAGAAAGGAAUGUGAGCUCUCCUAAUCUGUUAAGUAUCUUUCAGUGUAAGUUCUGACACCACAACGUUAAAAAAGCCAGAUCUCAAAAAUCAACUGCUCCGAGCGAAGUGUACAGCUGGCUUGCCUAAAGAGGCCUAUUUAUAGUAGCCUCGGGUAGUCUGGUCUGGGCUUUCUGAUUGGGUAAAAGUAAAGGAACGAAAUAGCCAAUGAAAAGGUAGACUUUUAAGUGUCGUUUACAUUGGCAUUUGUGACGACACUCUAAAAUUAAUCCAAUCAUAAACGAAAUCUGAUUAACCUCAUUUGAAUACCGCAUCUAUAAAUGAACGGGGCCUCGGCGGGAGUGAUUAUUUUCUCAGGUGUUUGCAACAGUGUUGUUACUAUUAACGCUACGAUGCCUGAACCUACCAAGUCUGCUCCCGCCCCAAAGAAGGGCUCCAAGAAGGCGGUGACUAAGGCUCAGAAGAAGGACGGGAAGAAGCGGAAGCGCAGCCGCAAGGAGAGCUAUUCAGUGUAUGUGUACAAGGUGCUGAAGCAGGUCCAUCCCGACACCGGCAUCUCUUCCAAGGCAAUGGGGAUCAUGAAUUCCUUCGUCAACGACAUCUUCGAGCGCAUCGCGGGCGAGGCUUCCCGCCUGGCGCAUUACAACAAGCGCUCGACCAUCACCUCCAGAGAGAUCCAGACGGCCGUGCGCCUGCUGCUUCCGGGGGAGCUGGCCAAGCACGCCGUGUCGGAGGGCACCAAGGCCGUCACCAAGUACACCAGUUCCAAGUAACUUUGCCAAGGGAGAGACAUGAAGACAGAGGAGAAAUGAAUGCAUAAAAUAACUGACAGUAUGAAUCUAUACAUAGAACUUAGGAAGUCUCAUCUGCCUGAAAAUGACUGUGUGGAUCCCACCCAAAUCCAACUCAUCCUUGUUUGCUACACACUGGUUCAUCAAAAGAAGGUUACCGAGGGGAAGGAACUAAAGGUGUUUGCACUUCAUGUUACUUUUUGAGUUUAUAAACAUAAAAAUAGAAUUUACUUCUGUUACAGACCUAGUUACUGGGAAUUCAUUACUUGCCAUGGACUACCUUUGCUAAGAAAAGUCUGAAUGAGAAGAUGGCAGGACGUCUGAAAAAAAAAAGUUAUAAUUAAUAAAAUCUGCGGAGAAUUGUAAA